UCCAUUGACAGAAGGACUGAAGAGUUCUGGGACUCCAAGACUGGGGCACAGACGUGAAAGGGAAAAAAUGAAGAGUUUUCUACUGAUGGUUGCUCUCUAUGGAGCACUUGCUUGUGCUUUGCCCCUAAUCCAGGAAACUGAUGAAAUUGCAGAAAUGGACCUGAAGCUUGCCAAGAAAUACAUGGAAAGCUACUAUCCUGAAUCAGAGUCAGCACCUGUCAUAAGAAGCAAAGGCGGCGAUGGUGUUCCUGCUGACAAAAUACGACAAAUGCAGGAAUACUUUGGGCUGAAAGUGACAGGCAAAUUGGAUGCAAACACUUUGGAGGCAAUGAAGAAGCCCAGGUGUGGGGUUCCUGAUAUAGCAGAAUACAGCACCUUUCCCGAGGCUCCAAAAUGGGGGAAAAAAGACUUGACAUAUAUGAUUCUGAAUUACACGCCAGAUAUGGACCGUGUUGAUGUAGAUGAUGCAAUCAAGAGAGCCUGGAAAGUGUGGAGUGAUGUGACCCCUCUGACCUUCACCAGGGUUUAUGGGGGCUCAGCAGAUAUAGAGAUCUCUUUUGCUGCCGGAAAUCAUGGUGACUAUAUUCCUUUUGAUGGACAAGGCGGACAACUAGCUCAUGCCUAUUCACCUGCUUCUGGUGGAAAUGCCCAUUUUGAUGAGGAUGAAUUCUGGACAAGGGAUUUGAGAGGAGUCAACCUUUUUCUCGUGGCUGCCCAUGAGUUUGGCCACUCACUGGGUCUCGGGCAUUCCAGAGUUUGGGGGGCUCUCAUGGUUCCAGUCUAUCAAGUUACAGACCCCCAAAACCUCAGACUUCACACAGAUGACAUUGAAGGCAUCCAGUCCCUUUAUGGUCCCCCUGAUGGUGGCAAUGAUGAUUAUUAUGACAAUGGUUCAGCAGGAAACCCCACGUCAGCAACAGAAGCACCAUCAGCCGACGUGUGUGACCCUCACCUGGCUUUUGAUGCUGUUGCUUCCCUCCGAGGGGAAACCAUGUUCUUUAAAGACAGCGUCUUCUGGCGAAAGAACCCCUUGAGAAGAGAUAUUGAAAAAGUUCCUAUUUCUGCUUUCUGGCCAGUUUUAAGCAGUGGCAUUGAUGCCGCAUGUGAAGUUGAAGGUGAUGACACCGUGUUUUUUUUUAAAGGACACAAGUAUUGGGCUACCAAGGGAAAUAUUAUACAGAGAGGUUUUCCAAAGAGUAUUCACAGCCUGGGCUUCCCAAAAACUGUUAAGAAUGUUGAUGCAGCUGUUCAUGACAGAAACUCGAGGAAAACAUAUUUCUUCUCAGGGAACAACUACUGGAGAUAUGAUGAAGCCAAGAAGUCCAUGGAGAAAGGCUAUCCAAAAAAGAUAGCAGCUGACUUCCAUGGAAUUGGCCCCAAAGUGGAUGCUGCUUUUCUGCAUCAUGGACAUUUCUAUUUGUUCAGUGGCUCAAAGCAAUAUGAGUUUGACGGCAAAACCAAAAGAUUUCUUGGCGCUAAGAAGAGCAACAGCUGGUUUGGCUGCCAGUGACGUGGGAUGAAGGAAAGAGCAGAGCAGCCAAGGACAAGGGAAUCCCCGCUUUGCUGGGCACCAGGAAAUGUCCAUUGUGCCUUGUGUCUGUUGGCAUGACUUGGCCUGUCCUGUGGUUUUCUGAGCCACAGAACAAGCUGCAGUUAGUCACCAAUCAUUCUUUAUAUAAGAAUGUUCUCACUCUCACACCUCUUAAAGUAGAUUUUAUUUUAUUGUUUUUUUUAACAAAAUCCUGGUUUUAACUGUCUUUUAUUGAUAAUGUUUGUUUUACUUUUUCUAAACAGUUUAGGACAGGUGUAGGGAACCUUUGGCUUUCUGGUGUUGCUGAACUACAACUGUCAUCAUCCCUGGCCAUGUUUGCUGGGGCUGAUGGGAGCUGUAGUUCAGCAACAUUUGGAAGGCCAAUGGUUCCCCACACUUGGCUUAGAGGUUCUGUUUACAAUCAAGCAGUAUU